AGAGAGCGAGAGAGAGAGCGGCGCACGGGAGGAGGCAGGCUGGCUGGCGAUGGGUCCGGGGAGAGCCGCCGUGACAGACCUGCUGGGUCCGGAGCAAUGAAGUGACAGGGGGGGAGGUGACAAGAGAAACUAAAUAUGGAAAGAGGAAGAGGGCAAAGAGAAGGUGCAGGUAUAAACAGGAAUAUUUAUCCUCAACAAUAUAGUUACCCUUCAUCGCAGAACUUAGAGAUACAAGAGCUUGCAUCCAAAAGAGUUGACAUUCAAAAGAAGAGGUUUUACUUGGAUGUCAAACAGAGUGCUAGAGGCCGUUUCUUGAAGAUUGCUGAAGUCUGGAUUGGAAGAGGGAGGCAAGAUAAUGUCCGGAAAAGUAAGCUUACUUUAUCUCUGUCUGUGGCUGCGGAAUUAAAGGACUGUUUAGGAGAUUUUAUUGAGCACUAUGCUCACCUAGGUCUACGAAGCAGCCAUGCUCAAAGAACAGAACAUGGGAGUGAAAAAGAGCAUGAUGCAAGAAGACGACCUCAUCCAUCUUCCCCUUCAGGAUCUGUGGGAUCAGAAGAGCCCACAACUCAUAGUGUUCUAAAAACAGAAUACAUUGAGCGUGACAACAGAAAAUAUUAUCUGGACCUUAAAGAGAAUCAGCGAGGACGCUUUUUAAGAAUUAGACAAACCAUGACACGUGGACCUGGGAUGAUUGGAUAUUUUGGGCAGAGCCUAGGCCAGGAACAGACUAUAGUUCUGCCGGCCCAAGGUAUGAUUGAAUUCAGAGAUGCAUUGGUUCAGCUUAUUGAAGACUAUGGUGAAGGAGACAUUGAAGAACGACGAGGUGGGGGAGAUGAACCUCCUGAACUUCCAGAAGGGACAUCUUUUCGUGUGGAUAAUAAGAGAUUUUACUUUGAUGUAGGCUCCAACCGAUAUGGCAUAUUCUUGAGAGUUAGCGAGGUCAGACCACCAUACCGUAACACUAUCACAGUCCCUUACAAAGUGUGGACGAGGUUUGGAGACAAUUUUAUCAAGUAUGAAGAAGAGAUGAGAAAAAUUUAUAACAGCCAUAAAGAAAAGAAGAUGGAUGUGCGUGUGGACAGCAGUGAAGAGCAGGAGUGUCCCGAAUAGACAUCUGUCAUUAAAGAGAAAAAAGCCUCGCAAAUUUUUAAUUUUUCAAAAAGAAUUUGGAGACAAAAUCUGUAGUCUUUUCAAGAGUCCUUUUUUUCUUUAUUUCUUUUAUUUUUCUUUUCUUUUUUUUCCCCCUUGCUUUUGAUUUUUAGCAGAGUAACAAUAGAAAAACUAAACUUUAAGGGCCUGGUAUCCAGUAUCUAAACUACAACACAAAAUACUCUUAAGUGUACCAGCCUCCUUUAGAGCUGCUUCAAUAGAUUUCAAGACUAUAGAAGUAUGUUUUUGAUCAGCACAAAGUACAACACUUAAAUACCUUAGAUAGCAGCUCUGUUCUGAAACCAUGCUUCAUAUCCAGAAACCACAACAUGUCUGUUCUUGCCAAGGAGUUACCGGACACUUUCUUACUAACCCUUCCCAUGCCAUGGAAGGGGUUACGACCUCACACAAUCCUGAUAUGGCCAAGAAUCUUAAUGCUAGCUCUGACAGUAGUUCAUGAUUACAUCACACCUGCACACAAAAUAUUCCAAAUUAAAUACAGUACUUUACGAAUAUUAAACACAAAUACAGUGACACUUGUUUAUCAAGUUCAUUUCUUUUGCAUGGUACUUUUUUUGUUUGUCAUGUAGUUUGCAUUGGAAAAUAAAAAAAAAUCAUAAAGCAAGUGAGGAAAAUUAUAUAUGGGGAAAAAAAAAAGAAAACGGGCAGUGACUGUUUUAUUGACUCGCAAAAAAAUAAAAUAAAAAAUUGCCACCACAAGAGUAUUUUGCUGUAGCAGUUUGGUGGUCAUAGAACAAGUUGCUGUUGGGGGUGAAGAUCAGGUAUCUAACCAAACAUGCAAAUACAUUAUUUUAUGUCUGGUAGAUUGUUGAGAUUGCUUAACCCCUUAAGGACCAAACCUCUGGAAUAAAAGGGAAUCAUGACAUGUCACACAUGUCAUGUGUCCUUAAGGGGUUAAUAACCACAAUUCAUACUGAGCUCCACAAAUUCCACUCUAUCAAGCUUUAAGGUGCUGUCUUUCAAGGGCUCCGAUGUGGCCGCUUAUAUUAUGGACAUGCAAUCGAUGAAAUUCUGAAACACAACAAACACAAAUCUCGAAGGACAGACCUGAGCUGGAACGUUAAACUCGGUUAUGGUUAUGCUUGUAAAUAGGAGUAUGUGUUUGCUUGGAGGUAUAUAGGAGUGGCUUUGAUUUCCCCAUGACCCUUUCCCCCUCCCCAAAGUGUCUUAUUCCGUCCAGCAGUCUUUAGUAUACAGGGAUUGUGUAUGAUUAUGCUUUUGAAUAUGGAUAUAUAUGUAUGUAACACAAGCUUGUAUAACAAUCCAUAGAUUACUUGUCUUUAAGUGGUGCUAAUUUUAAGGCAUUAUGAAAAAUGCCAAUAAAAAAAUAAAAUCUUACUUUCUCCAACCUUCUUCACUAUACAUGGUAGAUAUGAUGCUCCACUGCUGGUGCUUGUAAGGGACUUGGCGGUGCAUGACGUUAUUUCAGUGCAAUUUUCCUCAUUACAGAAAAGGCUUAUUCUAUCCAACGUCGCUGAAUUGAUGAAAGCUUUACUUUACAGUCUCUUUUUGCUAAAGUUUCUUGGCCCUAUGGAUUAAAACCGAAAUAGUCUUGUUGGAUAAAAUGAAACAAACACACAAUACAUGAGCUGCUGUUAUAAACAAAACAAAAAUAAUGUAAAAAAAAAAAAAAACCCUAAGUAUAUUUUGUAUCUACUUGAACUCAAGUCAGUAAUGUUUACCCCAGUUACUGAGUGAUAUUGCCUAUUGAUGUUUUGCCACUAUAUUUGUUCUGUCUUAGAAAUAAAUUUGCUUCUGUGUGUAA